GCAAAGAAAGCCGCCGACGAGCUGUUUGAGAAACCGAAACGGCUGGAUGAAGAUCUGGCCGCCCUGCGGACGUGGCUGUCGAAAUGCCCUCACAUCAAGGCACGGACGGACGAUCAGUUCCUGAUGAUGUUCCUGCGCGGUUCGAAGCAUAGCCUGGAAAGGGCGAAGGAGAAGCUUGAUAUGUACUAUUCGAUCCGCUCGGCCCUGCCGGAACUGAUGCGCAAUCGAGAUCCUGAGGAGGCCAAGAUUAAAGAGCUGAUCGAGUUGGGAUCAGUUAUACCGCUACCGAACACAGUAACCCCGGAUGGCCCGAGAAUCAUUCUGGUUCGGCCUGGCGUGUACGACCCUAGCAAGUUCACCAUUCAGGAAAUAUUCAAGUACAACACCAUGAUGGCCGAUAUAAUGAUGAAGGAGGACGACAAUCUGAUCGUAGCUGGACAGAUGGGAAUCCUGGAUCUUGCCAACACGACGAUGGCCCACUUCCUGCAGUUCAAUCCCUCUUUCGUGAAGAAGAUGACCAUGUGGAGCCAGGAAGGGUCGCCGUUGCGUCAGAAGGGUUUCCACUACGUCAACACGCCGAGUGGUUUCGAGAUGAUUUACAACAUGUUUAAGAACUUCCUCAACGAAAAGAACCGCUCUCGGUUGCAUGUCCACGGAAGCAAUCUGGAUUCGCUGUAUGAGCACAUACCGAAGAGCAUGCUGCCAGCUGAGUACGGUGGCGAGGCUGGCCCCCUCCAGGCCUUGGUGGACGCGUGGACCAAGAAGGUACUCAGCUAUAAGCAGCACUUCCUGGAGGACGAACAGUACUGUACGGAUGAGAAGAAGCGACCAGGGCGGCCAAAAAAUGCAGAAACUCUGUUCGGGCUGGAGGGUUCCUUCCGGAAGCUCGAAGUGGACUAA